AUGAGGGAGAUGCAGGAAAAACUGAAGGAUAUGACGCUGAAAAUGGUUGAAGAAAUGGAGAAGACAAAAAAUUUCCAAGAACUGAAAGAGAAGUAUGAAAAUAAAUGUGAACAACUUCAAGAGAAACUCCAGAGGGAGCAGCGAAUGCGUGAAGAUGUAGAAAAAAGAAACCACAUAAUCGAGAUUGAACUCAAAGAAAAGAGAUCUCAGGAAGAAAUGACCCAGCGGCAGCUUCAGGACUUAUCAAAGGCACUGGAUGAGAAGGAAGAAAAGUGUAAGCGUGUGUCGGAGGAGAAAUCAAGAUAUGAGUCUCGAAAUGAGGAGCUUGAGAUGCAGCUGGAGAGGGAGAAGUCCGCACACCAACGGAUUGAGAGAGACAAAGGAAUGGUUCAGGGAAACCUGGACCAGUCCAAGAAUCAGGUGUAG